CCAGCGACGACCGAUCGUGGCGGCGCCACAGCUCUAGGCUUCAUCUAGGUAGCUAGUCGCCCUUGAUAAAGCCGCUCCAUCUCCAACAUCAAGCACCUUUUGAUCUCCAACAUCAAGCACGUUGGAGGAUGGGGGAGGCGAUGAGGAGCGCGGUGAAGCGGCUGAGCUUCGGCGGUGGGGAUCGUGCGGAGGCGGCGAGGGAGGUCGGGAGGCUGGCGCGGGCCGACGAGCGCACCAAGCGCGCGCUGCCGGAGCUCGGCGUCGUGCCGGUGCUCGUGUCCAUGCUCGGCGCCGCCGACGCCCACAGCGGCGCGCGGGUGGCCGCGGCCGGGGCGCUGCUCGACCUCGCCAGAGGAACCCACAGAAACAAGGUGCACAUAGUGAAGGCCGGCCUGCUGAAGAAGCUCCCGGGGCUCAUGGCCGACGCCGACAGGGGGCUCGCCACGAGCCAGGAACUCGCGCUGCUGCUCCUCUCGCUCUCCUCGCUUGCCGACACCGACUUCCCGCUCUCCCCCGCCGCCGAGCUCAUCCCGUUCCUCGUGGCCGCGCUCGGCGCCCCCGACGCGCCUGCCGAGACGCGGCUGGCAUGCCUGGCCGCGCUCCGGAACCUCUCGGCCAAGCUCGAGCACGUCCGGGACGUGGCCGCCGCCCGCGGCGCCGUGCGCGUUCUGCUCGCGCUCUGCGCCUGCGCGCCGCAGCCGAAGACGACGACGAAGAUGCCGACCAUGGCGACGGCGACGGCGGAGGCGGCGCUGUGCGUGCUCGGCGACAUCGCGGCGGCGGGCGGCGCGGCGGGGCGGAGCGCGAUCGCGGAGGACGAGGAGGCGCCCGGGGCGCUCUUGGGCGCCAUGGCGCGGCACGGGAGCGCGGCGUGCCAGGAGCACGCCACGUACCUGGUCAUGGCGCUCGCGCACGGCAACAAUGGCGGAAACUCGAUGAGGCGGCGGAUGCGCGAGCUCGGCGCAGUGCAGGCGCUGCUGGAGGUGUCGCUGCUCGGGAGCCCGCUGGCGCAGCGGAGGGCGGCCAAGAUCCUGCAGUGGUUCAAGGACGACGGGCAGAGCGGCGACAGCAGGAUCAGGGCGCACUCUGGCCCGCGCAUGGAAGGCGCCUCGUCGUCGUCGUGCGGUGGCGCCGGCGGCAGAGACGGGGAAGACGGCGAGGGCCACGGCGCGAAGGCGGCCGGGGACGCCGUGGACAGGAUCGUGAAGCAGAGCCUUGACAUGAACAUGAGGUCCAUCAUGCGGCGAGCCACGGCGUCCGUGGACAUGACCAGUGCUAAUACUAAUAAGUUGCUGGUGGCGAGUUCUAGCUCCAAGAGCUUGCCUUGCUGAAACCACACACAAAAUGCUCACAUUUCUUCCUUCCCUCCUCCCUUUUUUUGGGUCAAGAUUUACGAGUUAUUUUCAUCUUACUAUGUAAAUUGAGAAAUUGGAGUAAAAUUAACACAAUGAACCCAGGAGAGAAUUCUGUGAGAGCAGAAUUCCUUGGUGAUAAAUUGAGUAGAACGCUGUAAUAUGGAAACAUAUGUUUGGUCAAGGAAACAUAUGAACUUUCCUAUAGCAAUGAACUGUGUAAUAUGGAA